AUGGAGCCCGACCUUUCCAAGAGUAUUACGAUGCACCCGCACCCCUUCCGCCUGCACACACCAUCUCACCUCGCCAACUCGUCUCGCCGAGGCUCCAUGUCCCUCGCUAGCGACGACGCUGCCGCCAUUGCUUCUAGUACGGCCCUCGAGACUACAUCGUCUCCUCCCAUCUCCUCCCAGCCCGAGAAGUACGAAGCUGCCUCUCGACAUUCCACCGCCAUUACCGACGUCGAGGGACAGCCCGGCCUGCGCUCUGAUUCGGACCCUUAUGGCCUCUCCUCUGCCUUCAAGACCCCCGAGGAUCUCGCCCAGAUCAAAGCCAAUACUUCGCGUAAGAGGGACCCGACUGGCAAUGGCGGCCGCGGCCGCGCCAGCCCUUGGCGCCAGAGCCACAAGGUUCGGCAAUUUUACGAAACCCAAAACGCCGCCAUCCAGCGCAUGCUCAAAUCUGUCGACGAGCACGUCGCCGAGGCCCGCCAGGAGGCCGGCGAGGACCAACUCCAAUUCCGCAUCGCCGUGUGGGGCUCUUUCGGCGCCAAUGUCGCUCUCACCGCUCUGCAGCUCUACGCCGCCAUCAGCACGGGAUCACUCUCUCUCAUCACCACUAUGGCCGACGCCAUCUUCGAUCCCCUGAGCAACCUGACGCUCAUUCUCGCCAGCCGCGCCAUUAGGCGUGUCAACCCGCGCCGCUUUCCCGCGGGCAAGGCACGCCUCGAGACCGUUGGCAACAUCGUCUUCUGCUUCCUCAUGAUCUCGGUCUCACUCAUCAUCAUCGCCUUCGCCGCGCACGAGCUGGCGAGCCGGCCCACGACGGAAGAGACGAAGCCGUUCCGCAUCGAGCCCAUUGUGGCUGUUUGCGUCGCCUUCGCAACCAAAUUUAUCCUCUUUCUCUACUGCUUUUCCUUGAGAAACCGUUACUCCCAGGUCCACAUCCUCUGGUCUGACCACCGUAACGACCUGAUGGUCAACGGUUUCGGCAUCCUCACGUCCGUCGGGGGUUCCAAGCUCAAAUGGUAUAUCGACCCAGUGGGCGCCAUUGUCCUAUCGCUCGUCGUAUCGGGAAUCUGGCUGCGAACCGCCAUUGCAGAGUUUAUGCUGCUCGUCGGCGUCACUGCCUCGGUUGAAACGCAGCAGCUCAUCACCUAUGUCUGCCUGACGCAUUCCCCCGCCAUUCAGGGCAUUGACACGGUGCGCGUCUACCAUUCCGGGCCCCGACUCAUCGCCGAGGUGGACAUAGUCAUGAACCCUGAGAACACUCUCACCGAGACGCACGACGUGGCCGAGGCGUUGCAGAUCAAACUAGAGAGUCUUCCGGACGUGGAACGGGCCUACGUACAUAUCGACUACGAGACUACCCACAAGCCGGAGCACGCUUUCAAGAAAGAUCUGUAG